AUGGUAAGCAAAGCAUUGUCUUCCAAUGGCGAGACGCUCCUUCCACGGUGGCCCCGAAGAUUACCCAAACUCACCGGUGAUGAACAGUCGGAACCUAUUUACCAAAUUCCCAAAACGACAAAGGAGAAUGUGGAGGACUUCAAGGUUCAGUCUGCGAAAUUUAGAGGAAAGCCUCAAGCGAAAAUCUAUAUCAUCGACCAAAAGCAACGAAUAAUCCGCGCCGAGGACAAUGAGGUUUACGGUAGCCUUGAAGACUUAGCCACCGAGCUGCCUGAAUCAUCACCACGAUUUGUUUUUCUUCAUUGCCCAGUCACGCUGAGAGACGGCCGCAAAACCGAACGCUUCGUGCUUGUAUACUGGCUUCCAGAGAACUGCAACCCUACACAGCGGAUGUCGUAUGCCGCUAUGGUGAAUGACUUCAAGGGAACUUUCAACGUCGGCCGCGUAUUCGAGGUUGAGAAUGCAGACGGCAUCAGGGGUAUUGCGGAUCGCAUAGCCGCAUAUUAA